AUGGAUUCACAAGGAGGCAAAUACUUCACCAAUCUUUUGUACGAGGAUUCCAACUUUCAUGAUUUAAUUUUUAUGGAUUCUCAAGAUCAAAUGGGUCAAAAUUUGAAACAAAAUACUCAAGUACCUGAUGAAACAACUCAAUUCUCACCUCAAAUGGAAUCCACUGCUAAAAGAUCACAUGGUGGAAACUUCACUAUAGAUGAAGUCAAUCUCAUUCUAUCGACAUGGUUUAAUACUAGCUUGGAUGCAAUGUAUAGGAAUGAGCAAAAACAUAAGACAUAUUGGUCAAGAGUAUAUGAGUACUUCCACAAACACAAGACCUUCAAUCAUGAAUGUAAUGUGAACUCUCUAAUGCAUCGGUGGUCAACCAUUCAGCUUGGCACAAAUAAGUUCUGUGGAUGUUUUGCCCAAAUUGAAUCAAGGCAUCAAAGUGGUAUAAAUGAGCAAGACAAGAUCUCUCAAGCAAAACUGUCAUACCAAGAAUUGCAUAAAAAUACAAUUAAUCGAGGAGAUGAUUAUGGAUCGCAUGAUGCCUUUGUAGACUUGGAGAGACCAAUAGGUAGGAAAGCUGAAAAAGAGCGGAUAAAGAAACGAAAGAGUGGAAAUUGUAUGACUUUGCCUCUUACUGGGAUACUAACUGAGAUAAAGGAAGAUAAUAAAAAGAAUAGUGAGAAGAAAAUAGAAAUCCUGGAGAAAGCAUAA